UAGGUAAGUUUUGACAGCUUAACGAUCAAACUUGUUCAUAUCAAACAAACCAGGAUAAGACAGGAUAGUUAACGAAAUCACAUUAUCCUUAAGAAAUAGUAGACAGUUAUAAUUGAAGAUUGAAUUUCGAUGAUAAACUGUUAGAAUGUGAUUUACUUUUAACAAUUCUGAACUUUUAAUUCUUAAUAUAAAAUAGAAGAGGGGUCGCUAAAUUUUCUAUGAAUACAAAUUUGACAUUGACAUUUGACGCUUCAGGCAAUUUUCUUCCUAUCUCCAAAAAUAAGAUUUAAUGAACAGGAGUAGUUAAAUUUGUUAGUAUUAAAGGCUGUAAUUAAUAGCUAUGCACAAUUUAAACCCAGAAGGUCAUUAUGUCAAUGUGAAUGGAGCAGCAAACUCAGAGAAAGUGUGCAUUUUAGAUGCAGGAGCACAGUAUGGAAAAGUUAUUGAUAGAAAAGUGAGAGAAUUAUGUGUGGAAUCUCAGAUAAUUCCACUGGAUACACCAGCUUUCAACAUCAAAGAAUCUGGUUACAAAGCAAUCAUUAUUUCUGGUGGCCCGAAUUCUGUAUACGCCGAAGACGCUCCUAGAUAUGAUGCAGAUAUAUUCAGAAUAGGUUUACCUGUAUUGGGUAUUUGUUAUGGAAUGCAGAUGAUGAAUAAAGAAUUUGGUGGAACUGUUAUCAGAAAAGAAACUAGAGAAGAUGGUGUCUAUACAAUUGAAGUGAAUACCAAUUGCUUACUAUUUAAAGGUCUUGACAAAAUGCAGCCUGUACUACUUACUCAUGGGGACUCAAUAGAUAAGAUAGCGGAUAAUUUCAAGUCAGUAGCACAGAGUUCCUCAUUUUGUGCCGGUAUCUUCAAUGAAAAAUUACAAUUGUAUGGCGUCCAAUUUCAUCCCGAAGUAGAUUUAACAACCCAUGGUAAAACUAUGUUAAAAAAUUUCUUAUUCGAUAUUGCUGGCCUUACAGGCAAUUACACCAUGGAGGGGCGAGAAGUAGAAUGCAUAAAGUACAUUAAGAAAACUGUAGGUAACAACAAAGUACUUCUGUUACUUAGUGGAGGAGUAGAUAGUACAGUUUGUGCUGCCCUUUUGCACAAGGCUCUAAAUCCUAAUCAAAUUAUAGCUAUACACAUAGAUAAUGGCUUUAUGCGUAAAAAUGAGAGUUCUAAAGUACAUAAUUCCCUUUUAAAGAUAGGAUUAGAUGUGAAGGUAAUUAGAGCCGCCUCAAAUUUCAUGGAAGGUACAACGAUAGUUCCGGUAGAUAAACAGGAAAGUAGUAGAACUAUGGUAACAAAAAUGUUGUGUAAUACAACGAAUCCUGAAGAAAAACGUAAAAUUAUUGGAGACAUAUUUGUUAAGAUAGCAGAUGAAAUUGUAGCUGAUUUGAAUCUUAAAACAGAAGAGGUAUUUUUAGCUCAAGGAACUUUAAGACCAGAUUUGAUAGAAUCUGCCUCUAAAUUAGUUUCAUCUAGUGCCGAUACUAUCAAGACACAUCACAACGACUCUGAACUUAUCAGGAAACUGAGGAAUGAAGGUAGGGUUGUUGAGCCACUCAAAGACUUUCACAAAGAUGAAGUUCGAGCUAUUGGAAGAGAUUUGGGUUUACCACCUGAAAUUGUAAUGAGACAUCCUUUUCCUGGUCCCGGUCUGGCUAUUAGAGUUUUGUGUGCUGAAGAACCAUAUGUGGAAAAUGAUUUUUCAGAAACUCAAGUAUUAGUAAAAAUUAUAGUAGAAUUUCAUCAAAUGUUACAAAAGAAACACGCACUAUUAAAUAGAGUAGAAGGUUUUAUCAGCGAUGAAGAAAGGAAUAAUUUAAGACAAAUUUCAAGUAAGCAGAAAUUGACAGCUACACUGCUUCCUAUUCGUAGUGUUGGUGUACAAGGUGAUUGUCGCUCUUAUAACUACGUUGUUGGAAUAUCUGCUGAUAAAGAACCCGAUUGGGAAGAUCUCUCGUUUUUGUCCUGCCUUAUACCAAGAAUAUGUCGAAAUGUAAAUAGGGUGUGUUAUAUAUUUGGAGGUAAUGUGAAGGAACCAAUACCCGAUGUUACAACCACUUAUCUCAAUAGUAACGUUUUAAGUACUUUAAGACAAUGUGAUGAUAUAGCAACUUCAAUAUUGCACAAUAGUGGCCAUGCUGAGUCAAUUAGUCAAAUGCCAGUUGUACUAAUACCUCUACAUUUUGAUAGAGAUCAGGCAUUGAGGAUUCCUUCUUGCCAGAGAUCAAUUGUUUUACGUCCAUUCUGCACUCAAGAUUUUAUGACAGGUGUACCAGCUAUACCUGGAAAACAAAUACCUGUAGAUGUUGUUCAAAAAAUGGUGCAGGAAGUAGUUCAAGUACCUGGUAUUUCUAGAGUACUAUAUGAUUUAACACCGAAACCACCAGGAACGACUGAAUGGGAAUGACACUCACUAAUUGUAAUUAUUAUUUGUGAACUAAUGUAAUUUGUUAAGACAAAUUGUUUAUCUAAUCAAA